CGUAUUGUAGCUCUUCGGGACAAACUUUAGUCGUCUAAGUAAAUAACGUUAACAAUAUAAAAACAUUAUUCAGUAUCGUUAAAGGGUCGUUGAAAUUAUGUGAGUUUGGCGGCGGUUGGAUCGUCUGAAUGUACAUACACGCACCGGAAUGCUGUGGCAGUCCGUAUCAGGAUAAUCUUUGGGUGACCGGUGGCACAAUUGCUGAAUAUAUGCAAUGAAUAUUAGGAAGUGCAUAACAUUUGGCAAUUAUAUUAGUUCUUACUGUGCUGAGGUCUUAAUUUUUCAAUUUAAUCUGAAUUUAUUGCGUGCGCCCCGAGGCUCGGGUGCGUAAAUACGGUACCCAUCCGGGGAUGAAGGCUUCAAUUAGUGCAGGCGUCAGCAAGAGACUGGUCGUCACGUGUUGUCACUCUCGCCUGCACAGCCGGCUCCAGACCCGGCAGACAGGGAGGACACAGUGUUACAGGAUAGCAGCUCCUCGCGUAGUCAAGCUCAGGGAGAUGGAAGAAUCGCUCUCGCUGCACUCGGACCGGGCGGAAGACGUGGCCAGCGACUCCAGCUACAGGCACUUCCGCAUUAAGCACUUCCACCUGGACUUGGAGGUGGAUUUUGAGCAGAGGCAGUUGCGGGGAACCGAGACGCUGCAAGUGAGAUGCCUACGGGAUUCCCAGAGCGAGUUGCGCCUGGACGUCCACCCGUCCCUGAGGCUGCAGGAGGUGUCCUUCCUCGGGGUCGGCGGCACGGAGUGGACGGCGGCGCAGUUCGAGACGCGAGGAUUCACCAGCUACGGCACCACGCUGGUGCUGAGAUUUCCCAACCCGUGGAAAAGCAAGGAUGAGUUUCAGGUCGCGAUCAAGUACUGCGCGACCGAUGGACCAGGGGUGUGCUGGCUGGAGCCCGAGCAGACGGCGGGGAGGACAAAGCCCUUCGUCUUCACGCAAGGCCAGGCCGUGCUCAACCGGUCCUUCUUCCCCUGCUGCGACACGCCGGCGGUAAAGAGCACGUACUCCGCCUCCAUCAAGGUCCCAGAGGGGUUCACUGCAGUGAUGAGCGCCACCACCUGGCAGCACCGCAAGGCCGACAACGUCUUCCUGUUCACCAUGGAGCAGCCCAUCCCAUCCUACCUGGUGGCUUUGGCUGUGGGGGAGCUGGUGUCAGCCCAGGUGGGCCCCAGGACGCGGGUGUGGACCGAGCCCUGCCUGCUGCCGGCGGCCCAGCAGGAGUUCGACGGUGUGAUCGAGGAGUUCCUGGCUGUGGGGGAGAAGCUGUUCGGGCCCUACAUGUGGGGCAGGUACGACGUGCUGUUCAUGCCCCCCUCCUUCCCCUUCGGCGGCAUGGAAAACCCCUGCCUGACCUUCGUCACGCCCUGCCUGCUGGCCGGGGACCGCUCGCUGGCCGGCGUCAUCGUGCACGAGAUCUGCCACAGCUGGUUCGGCAACCUCGUCACCAACGCCAACUGGGGCGACUUCUGGCUCAACGAGGGCUUCACCAUGUACGCCCAGCGCCGCGUCUGCAAGGAGAUCUUCGGGGAGGCCUACACCUGCCUGGAGGCGGCCACUGGCAGGGCCCUGCUGCGCCAGCACAUGGACAACACCGGACAGCAGCACCCGCUCAACAAGCUGAGGGUCAAGAUCGAGCCAGGCGUGGACCCCGAUGAGACCUACAACGAGACCCCCUAUGAGAAGGGCUUCUGCUUCGUCUCCUACCUGGCCCACCUGACCGGGGACCAAAGCCGAUUCGAUUCUUUCCUCAGGGCCUACGUGGACAAGUUCAAGUUCCGCAGUGUGGUGGCCGAGGACACCCUGGAGUUUUACCUGGAGUACUUCCCGGACCUGAAGGAGAAGGACGUCCACCGGAUCGAAGGGCUGGAGUUUGACCGCUGGCUGAAAGUGCCUGGCUGGCCACCCUACCUUCCCGACCUGUCGGCCGGUCAGAGCCUGAUGAAGCCAGCGAAGAGUCUGGCAGCACUGUGGGCAGAGGAACAGCUGGAUGUGGUAGCCAUCGCUGCCAUUGACCCGGUGCCCUGGAGGACCUACCAGACUGUCUACUUCCUGGAUAAGGUCCUGGAGAAAUCUCCACUGCCCACUGGUCACCUCGAGAGGUUUGCCCAGCAGUAUCCGCACAUCAUGGGGUCCCACAAUGCCGAGCUGCGCCUGCGCUGGGCCCAGAUUGUCCUGAAGAACCAGUACGAGCCCGGCUUCCAGCACGUCAGGGCUUUCCUCAGCUGCCAGGGAAAGCAGAAGUACACGCUGCCCUUGUAUCGAGCCAUGUGGAGCGGCUCGGAGAAGACCAGGGCCCUGGCCAAGGAGAUCUUCUCUGCCACCUCCGAGCAGCUGCACUGCAUAGUCCGCAGCUACAUCCAGAAAAUACUGGACAACCCAGCUCCUGUGUAAGGAGACCGUGUGGCGUUUAGCAUGCCAGUGAGUGCUCUGUGCUUGCAAUCAUAUCAAGGUUUUUAAUUUUUUUUAAUCGAGAUCAAUGAUCCUACUUUUUCUGGAAAUUUUGAGAUAAUUGAAUGAAUACAUGGAAAUGCAGAGGACACUGGGAAACCUGUUAAAAAAGUUUACUGUUGAAAAGAGACGAUGUGGCAGUCUUGUUUUGAAAAUUACUAGUUUUAUUAGGUAUCAUGAAGAGUUGAUGCCCUGUGUUUGGAGUGAAAUAUUUUAAGCAUUUUAAAAGGAAACAAGUGAAAGAAAUUAAGCAAAGCUACUCCAGCACAGAUAGCCAAGUGAGAGCUUAGGGCAGUCUUAACAUUACUUGUAUUUAUCUCAAUUUUCUUCCAAGGUGAAGACACUGACAAUGUUAAUGAAAAAGAUUCACAUCUGUACUUACUCCUAUCUCUCGAUUUGUAGAUCUGACACUUUAAUAAAAGAUGUAACCAAGCAUU